AUGGGUCGGCAGCCGUGCUGCGACAAGCUGGGGGUGAAGCGGGGGCCGUGGACGGCGGAGGAGGACCGCAAGCUCAUCAACUUCAUCCUGACCAACGGCCAUUGCUGCUGGCGCGCGGUGCCCAAGCUCGCCGGCCUGCUGCGCUGCGGCAAGAGCUGCCGCCUGCGCUGGACCAACUACCUCCGCCCGGACCUCAAGCGCGGGCUCCUCACGGACGCCGAGGAGCAGGUCGUCAUCGACCUCCACGCCAAGCUCGGCAACAGAUGGUCGAAGAUUGCUGCCAAGCUACCGGGCAGGACUGACAACGAGAUCAAGAACCACUGGAACACGCACAUCAAGAAGAAGCUGAUCAAGAUGGGCAUCGAUCCAGUCACGCACGAGCCCCUCGACCGGAAGACAACCAGCAGCAGCCCGGCUACAACCUCGCAGUCAACCAAGUUCGACGAGGCGAACAAGCAGCAGAGCCCGCAGAACGACGACGUCGUCGCAAUGAGGGACGUGCCGCCCGAUGGUUGCAGCCCGACGGAAUCGAGCACGAACACCGUGAGCACCGGCGGAAGCAGCAGCAGCAGCAGCAGUGGCGGCGGCCGCCAUGACCCAGAUCCGCUGGUGAAGUGGCUCUUGGAAGAGGAGCCUUCCACCGGCAUCGAGCCGUGGCUCAACUUCACUGGCAGUGUCGAUGUGGACGAGUUCAGCAGCAUUUCCGCCGGUCCGGAGUUGUUGCCGUGGGAUGGCGCGACCGACUGGCUGCUCGACUACCAAGAUUAUGGAUUGGGGGACUCGGCGACCUUGGUCGAUGGCUACAUGGUCAACAACAGCUCAAACGGAGCAAAAUUCUAG